GCGGCCCCUGCUCCCGCUCAGCACCUGCGGCAGAGGGAUGCGGGGGGGCGGCCGCCCACCUCGGCGGGCAGGCGGGCCGGCCCCGGGGCCGCCCCGGCGAGGAGGAGGAGGAGGAGGAGGAGGAGAAGAGGAAGAGAAAGGAGCGGGAGGGAAGCGGGGAAGUUGUGCCGGAGCCAUGAGCCCCGCCGGGGGGGCGCGGGCCGCCCCCUCGCUGCUGUUCUCGCUGCUGCUGGGAGCCUCGGCCCCGCUCUGGCUGCGGGCGGAGAAGCUGGGGGAUGGAUGUGGGCACAUGGUGACGUAUCAAGACAGUGGGACCCUGGCAUCCAAGAACUAUCCUGGGACAUACCCAAACUACACUCUUUGUGAAAAGAAAAUCCAAGUACCUCAGGGAAAACGCUUGAUCUUAAAAAUUGGAGACCUGGACAUUGAAUCACAGAAAUGUGAAUCCAGCUACCUUACCAUCCUGAGUUCUUCAACAGUCCAUGGGCCCUACUGUGGUAAUAUGAUGCCUGUCCCCAAAGAAAUCAUUCUGGACAGCAACGAAGCGACUAUUCACUUUGAGAGUGGAUCCCACGUGUCAGGGCGAGGCUUUCUGUUGUCCUAUGCCAGUAGUGAUCAUCCAGAUCUAAUCACAUGUUUGGAACGAGCAAACCACUACACAAAGACUGAAUACAGCAGAUACUGUCCUGCUGGCUGCAGAGACAUUGCAGGUGACAUUUCUGGGAAUAUAGGAGAAGGAUACAGAGAUACGUCGCUGCUGUGCAAGUCGGCAAUACACGCGGGCAUCAUCGCGGACGAGCUGGGCGGGCAGAUCAGCGUCACCCAGCAGAAGGGCAUCAGCCGCUACGAAGGCGUCAUCGCCAACGGCGUCCCCUCGCACGAUGGUUCGUUGUCAGAUAAGCGGUUUAUAUUUACUUCAAAUGGCUGCAAUAAAUCUCUCAGUCUGGAUGAAGCAUUCCUCUCCAAGAGCCAGAUCACUGCGUCUUCCUACUGGGAGGAGACCAACGAAUUUGGACAACUAUUCCAGUGGUCUCCUGACAAGGCUUGGCUUCAAGUCCAGGGACUGGCUUGGGCCUCUAACCACAGCAGUAAUCGUGAAUGGCUAGAGAUAGACUUGGGAGAGAAGAAGAGAAUAACAGGAAUUAAAACCACUGGUUCUGGAUCCACUACACUGAAUUUUAACUUUUAUGUAAAGACGUUUAUAAUGAACUACAAAAAUAACAACUCGAAAUGGAGAACUUACAAAGGAAUUCUAAGCAAUGAAGAAAAGAUAUUCCAAGGCAACUCCAAUUCUGGUGACAUCGUACGUAAUAAUUUCAUCCCCCCGAUAGUGGCCCGCUAUGUGCGGAUCAUCCCUCAGACUUGGAACCAACGCAUAGCACUGAAGCUUGAGCUGAUCGGCUGUCGAAUAAUGCAAGUGAACAGUUCAUUUACGCAUUCAAUGUGGCAAAAAACAAGUCAGAGCACCGAAACCUCCCUUGGAAAAGAAGACAGAACUGUUACAGAGCCCAUCCCAUCAGAAGAAACCAAUUUAGGCUUAAAGCUUACAGCUAUAAUUGUCCCAAUCCUCAUAGUGCUGUGUCUGUUCCUGUUCUCUGGAAUUUGUAUCUGUGCAGCCCUACGAAAGCAAGAAGCCAAAGGACUUUCUUAUGGAUUUUCCAAUGCUCAGAAAUCAGGUUGUUGGAAACAAAUCAAGCAGCCCUUCACCCGACAUCAGUCGACUGAAUUUACCAUUAGCUAUAGUAAUGAGAAGGAGACACCGCAAAAACUAGAUCUGGUCACAAGUGACAUGGCAGGUUUUGGCAAAAAAAUCCCUCACUCUGAAAUACUUACAAUUCAAGAUUAUCAGCAGCCUCUCAUGAUUGGAACUGGAACAGUAACACGGAAAGGAUCUACUUUCAGACCCAUGGACACUGAAGAGGAGGGAAGGAGGGGGAGUGCAGAGUUUGAAAACCACUACCACUGUCCGCUCAGAGCUAACCGGCACGAAUACGCGCUGCCCCUGACCAGCCAAGAACCUGAAUAUGCCACCCCGAUCAUAGAGCGGCACGUCACCAGAGAAAAUAAUUUCCCCUCUGAAAACGGCUACAACGUACCUGUAAUCUCGUCGCAGAAGCAUUCCCUCUCUGCCGGCAGUUUCUCUAGCUCAUGCAAAACCGAUACAAGGAACGGAGACUAUCAGACACCCCAGAGCGUAAUAAACUAUGAUAAACCUAAAGUUAACAGUAUUCUGACCUCCGUGAGCUACAGUACGGACUACCAGAAACCUCAGACGAUUUCGCUAGGGAGCGAGGGUUACUCAACCCCCAGAGACUGCCUAAAACCAAUAAGCCAGACAGCAAUGACAGCUCUCUUGUGAUGUGCUGAGCAAGAGAGACGUGGUGCACAGGAAUGUCACUGCACAGCUUCCGAAGUGAAGACAGAGUUUUAAAGGAUUCUGCUGUGGAAGGCAGAAGGCAAACAAACCCUGUGUACAUAAUAUUGCAGUCUUGCUGGGUUCUGACAUCUGAAGAAAGCAUAUGCUGUUUAUCACUGUUUAUAGCAAGAGAGAUGUUAUCAGUGAAGACUGUAUAUCUUAUUUUCUUUAACUGAUCUCAGUGCUCCGUUUGCAAUGUGUGCAAUUUGUACAUAGCUUUUAUUUAAGGAGAAUUUCUUAAGUUUCCUUUUCACCUGUGGAAUUGAAAGGAGAAAAAAAAAACAUUACUGCAGAAAUGCCUGUUCAAGAAAAAAAAAAACUCUUUCUCCCUCUAUUUCAUAUGCGGUUGUACUGACAGCUGUAUAUGGUGUAUCUUAAGGUUGUGUAUCUUAAGGUUGUUGUAUCUUGAGGUUGUGGUGCUUCAGUUUCUUUCCUAUGAAAACUGAAGAUAGGGCAUCACUAUAGUUCUUGGGAGGGUAGAAGUAAAACUACUUGAAGCAUGAAGUGCACAAGAGAAGGCAGCUGAGCAUUUAAAUAUCAUGUUCAAUCUCACCUGCCCAGCUGCUUUUUAGCAGCAGUUGUUAGAUGCUUGAAUUUGAUCUAGUAUAUGAGCUGAGCCUAACUUGCUAUUCAUGUCAAAAACAGGUAGAAAAGUGGAACCAGCAUUGGAUUCAAGCCAUGGUGAUCACUUUGAGACACAUCUGCAAUAAAAAAAAAUAACAACACCUGCCAAUAUGUUUUUUCAAGAAAUGUGUGUGGAAACAAAAUGUGAAUUUACAGCUAAGAAUUAAAUCCUGUUCAAGCCCUAGCUGAUGCUGUUGCUGCUAAACUAUAAGGAAACUCAUUCCUUGACACAAAGCAGCAUAGCUUCUGAACUCUUAAUUACUCCACUGGGUAUUUUUCUGUCUUACAAAUUUAGUGUAACAUUUCCAUUUGAAAUAUUUAGUCAAAGUAAAACACAGCGUGUGUAUGGCUUACUGUUGCAUUUAAAUUUGCAAGACAGCAGAUCGGCACAGUUGUUUUCAAAUAGUUUUUCUUUUGCAGCAGAUGUUAUCAUGAAUUCUGUUUUUGGACAAACUUGAAAAAGCUUGGGGAUGGGUGCAAUGUAUUGCACAGUAGUUGGCUCCUCUUUCAGCAGAGGUGUCAUUGAAGCUAAACAGCUUCAGUGGUGACUGGGACCACCCGCUGCCCUUCUACUUGCAGCACUUGGAGCCUUACCUUAACUUCGAAAGUGUGUCCUAAAAUAUCAAGAAGUGAUAUACUUCUGGGAAGGAAGAACGGUGGUAUAUUUAAGGCACAGGGCUAGGAAAUUAGACCACUAAAACGUGAGCGCUGGGAAAGUCACCGUUUCAAGGCCCUCUGUUUUCUUACAUGUAAACGGGAUUGUUUGCAAAGGAUGCAGCAAAGAUUUGCUGUUUGCUCAUAAAGUGUUUUCAGAUCCUGGGAUGGAAAGUGCUGUAAGAAUACAGAACAGCUGUACUGACACUACAUACAAAUCUUGCUAACUCAUGCCAUAUCUGACCUUAAGAAAAGCUCUUAGUGGGUUCUUCAUGUAUGCUUGUUUCGUGGCCUCAGUGGUGCAGUUCUGUCACGCCGAUGCACAGUGCAUGCAAUUCCUGUGCAAAGAAGAAAGAGUCGAGCUAACCUUGUAGUCCUCCUGUGUUCACUGUCAAUACAGUUUCUGUGAAAUGUAUAAAACACCUCAGGUUCUGAAGCGAAGCAGCAGCAGCCUGUUUGUUAGACCGAGCUGGGCGGUGUUGUUUACCUUCUGUUGUUUACAUGUCUAUGUAAAUAAAGCACACUGGUAUUUGUAAAUCA